GAUAUACAUAGAGUCCUUACCAACCUUCAUUGCAUUAUCGUCCGUCGUCUCAGCUGAAUUUGAUUCCCAAUCCAAACACAGAGCAGGUCUGAUUCCGCCGUUUGGUUCCCUCCGGCGGAAUCAUGAACCCCCAAACCCCUCUCUUCCUUUUCCUCUUCUCUCUCCUCUUCCACCCAUCAUUUCCCUCCCAAGUCUCCAUCUCUAUCUCCCCUCAAACCCUCCCCAAAUCGGGCGACUCAGUCACCAUCGCAUGGUCCGGCAUUGACUCGCCCACCCAACUCGACUGGCUCGGCAUCUACUCACCCCCCGACUCGCACCACGACAACUUCAUCGGCUACAUCUACCUCAACGCCUCCUCCACCUGGCGAUCCGGGUCGGGCUCCGUCUCUCUCCCACUCGUCAACCUCCGGUCCAAUUACCGGUUCCGGAUCUUCCAAUGGUACGAGUCGGAGAUCAACCCUCGAAAGCACGAUCACGAUCAGAACCCCUUGCCGGGGACGAAGCACUUGGUGGCUGAAUCCAGCGAGCUGGGGUUUGAGUCGGGUCGGGGCCCCGAGCAGGUCCACCUGGCUUUGACGGAUCGUGGGGAUGAGAUGAGAGUCAUGUUUGUGACGCACGAUGGGAAGGAGAGCUUUGUGAAGUAUGGAUUGAAGGAAGAUCGGAUGGAUCGGGUUGUGGGCACACUGGUGGGUCGGUAUGAGCGAGAACACAUGUGUGAUGCUCCGGCCAAUCAGAGCAUUGGGUGGAGAGAUCCUGGGUAUAUACAUGAUGGGGUCAUGAAGAAUUUGAUCAAAGGAAAGCGAUAUUAUUACAAGGUCGGAAGUGAGUCUGGUGGUUGGAGCAUCAGUUACAGCUUUGUGUCGCGAAAUGAGGACUCAGACAAAACAAUAGCUUUCCUGUUUGGAGACAUGGGGACUGCAACACCAUAUUCAACCUUUCAACGUGCUCAAGAAGAAAGCAUAACAACCAUGAAGUGGAUUGGACGUGAUAUUGAAGCACUUGGUGACAGGCCCGCUAUGAUUUCGCAUAUUGGAGAUAUCAGCUAUGCAAGAGGUUACUCAUGGAUGUGGGACAACUUUUUCAAUCAGAUUGAACCCGUUGCCUCCAAAGUCCCCUACCAUGUGUGCAUUGGUAAUCAUGAAUAUAAUUGGCCAUUGCAGCCUUGGAGACCUGAUUGGUCUGGCUCAAUUUACGGAACAGAUGGGGGCGGCGAAUGUGGGGUACCCUACAGUCUCAGGUUCAACAUGCCUGGGGACUCUUCAGAAUCAACUGGAAAUCAUGCCCCAGCCACCCGAAACCUUUACUAUUCAUUUGAUAUGGGGUCAGUUCAUUUUGUGUAUAUAUCAACCGAAACCAAUUUCCUCCAAGGGAGCACCCAGUACAAGUUUAUAAAGCAUGAUUUGGAGUCAGUUGAUAGAAAAAAGACCCCUUUUGUGGUUGUUCAAGGGCACAGGCCAAUGUAUACAACAAGCUAUGAAAUUAGGGAUGCCCCGAUAAGGGAAAGAAUGCUUGAGCACCUGGAACCUCUGUUUGUGAAGAACAAUGUGACCCUUGCUUUAUGGGGUCAUGUCCAUAGAUACGAGAGGUUUUGUCCACUGAAGAAUUAUACUUGUGGACGGAUGGACUCGAAUGGAGAGUACUGGGAAGGAUUUCCUGUGCAUGUUGUAAUUGGGAUGGCGGGACAAGACUGGCAACCCAUCUGGGAACCGAGACCAGAUCACCUCAAUGUCCCGGUUUUCCCCCAACCCAUUCGGUCUUUGUACCGUGGGGGCGAAUUUGGGUACACCAGACUUGUUGCUACAAAAGAGAAACUUAUAUUUUCCUAUGUAGGGAACCAUGACGGGGAGGUACAUGAUAUGUUUGAGAUUCUGGCAUCAGGACGAGUUCUCAAUGGCAACGGUGGCGAUUACGGAGUUGUCAGUGGUAAGAUGGUGCAGUCAGCGUUUUCAUGGUAUGUGAAGGGAGCAAGCAUCCUUGUGCUUGGGGCGUUUGUGGGCUAUGUUCUUGGGUUCGUCUCGCAUGCCAGGACAGCAAAAAGGAUUUGGACUCCUGUGAAGAGUGAGGAAACAUGAAUUUUAGAUCUUGCUUUGAAGGCUUCCAGAAAAUGCAUAGGAUCUCUACAAUGUUUGCAUUUCGCAAGUCUGCAACAAUGUUUAUAGUUGCGAACAGUGAAUUCCCAAGGUUUGGAAUACUUCAACUCAGAGCUGGGAUUAAAUUUUAUUAACAUAAUCACACAUAAAACUUUCUAAAGAUCCUUGUAAGUAUGCUUGUAUUGUUGCAUUUUCAUGUGGAUUAAAGACUUUUAUGAAAUGUUCAAAAUCCAUAAUGUAGGAAAAAUGUAUCUUGUAUAUUACAGCUUUGGUGUGUAUAUGCACAAUCUGGUCUAUAGAAUACUUUUUCGUUUUUA